AUGCCCUCCGACAAAGCGGCCUACCUGGCCGCACACUACCUCACCUCCGACAGCAAACCAUCGUCAACCAAAAAGCGAAAGCGCAAGCAACCAACUUCUGCCUCGGCCGGCCUCUUGAUCACCGACGACGACGACACAGGCUGGUCCGGCCAAAAGAACGGCUUUGACGAUGACGACGAUGCGCCCCUUACAGUAGCCGGCACCACUAACGACUUUCGACGCACCAAAAAAUCCGGCUGGAAGACCCUCGGAGGAGCGCCCAUCUCCUCAAUAUCAACAACCCCCAAACCCGGUGCUGCAGCCGAAGGAGAAGCAGAAGCAGAAGCCAUCAUCGCCUCAGCAGCAGCCGAAACCGCCGCCGCAGCCGCCGCCGAAGCAGCUGAGGACCUCCAGCCCCCCGACGAUGAUGCCAACACCCCCCCAAUGUCCAACGGCACCCUCGCCGGCCUCCAAUCCGCCUCCUCCUUAACCGCCCAACUCCGCAAACGCCAACAACAAGACGCCGCCGAACUCGCCGCACUCAAAGCCGCCGCAGCCAACACCGACUCAAACACAGCAACAGAACCCGAAAUCAUCCUCCGCGACGCCACCGGCCGACGCGUCGACGCCUCCCUCCGGCGCGCCGAAGCCCGCCGCGCAGCAGCCGAAGCCGAGCGCGCAGCACAGGCGAAAAAGCAUCUCCAGCGUGGCGAGGUACAGAGAGCCGAGGCGGCUGCUCGCAAGGCGAGGUUGGACGAGGCCGCGUUGAUGCCGCUUGCACGGGGGAAGGAUGAUGAGGAGAUGAAUGAGGAGAUGAAGAGGGCUGAGAGGUGGAAUGAUCCUAUGGCUGAGUUUUUGGGUGGGGAGUCUGGGGGAGCAGUAGCAGCAUCGGCAGGGGGACCCAAAGGGAAAGGGAAAGGCCUGGCGGGGAGGAGACCGGUGUAUAAAGGGGGUGCGGCGCCGAAUCGGUAUGGGAUACGACCUGGGUAUCGGUGGGAUGGGGUGGAUCGGGGGAAUGGGUUUGAGGGGGAACGGUUUAAGGCGUUGAAUCGGCGGGAGCGGGAUAAGGGGUUGGAGUAUGCAUGGCAGAUGGAUGAGUGA